UGACGAAUGCUAUUCUUCACAGGGACCUGGAGCGGCUGAUGUCUCCGGACGCUACAAACAAGAGCCAGGCCAACAACACCGCGGUGAACCUGCUCCAGAUCAUCAUUUCCCAGGCCCCCAACAUUAAGCAUCAUUUCGCCCUUCAUGCUAAAUCAUUCUUCAUCCGAGGCGAUUCCGACCGUAAAUUGGCACCUGGCUUGCAAAUAUGGCACGGCUUCUUCCAGAGUGUUCGUCCCGUCCUCAACAGCAUCAUGAUCAAUAUCAACACCACAGCUACCGCUAUCUACACACCGGGGCCUCUUCUCGAAGGCGCAAUGAGCCUCUUGGGGUGUAGGGACUCCCGUGAAUUGGUACAACGCUGCAAAGACGAAAGAGCUGGCGCACAGGCGAUGCGAAAGCUCAAGUCGUUCUACAAGGGAGUCAUAGUCACCGUUGGUCCGAACAAGAGCAAGAGGAAGAUAGAGGACAUCGUACCUCGUGCCGGGUUUGUCGAGUUCGAGAAAAGCGGUCAGAUGUCAACUGUGCAGGAACAUUUUCGCGAGCAUCAUCACAUUGCGCUCCGCUUCCCCGAAGCCUUUGGUGUCCGUGUCGGCAAGAGUGCUAUCUUCCCGGCGGAAGUGUGUGACGUCUUCCCUGGUCAAAUAUACAGGAAGCAGCUCGAUGGCCCGGCCACUACUGACAUGUUGAGGGAGACGGCUGUGAGGCCUGACCAGCGGCUCGACAACAUCAGGAAGGCGAUCUCGCGUGACGUGAGUGCCUUGGAUUAUGGAAGUUCGCCCUUCAUGCGGGAUGCUGGGAUGAGGGUCGACACUAACCCUUUGGAAACCAGAGGGCGUCGUCUCCAACCUCCCGGUGUAAUGUACGGUAACGGUACAUUGCAUGUGAGGGACGGAGCUUGGAACGUCGUCAAUAAGACCUUUCAGCUCCCGGCCAAAAUCAUCGCAUGGGCUGUUGUGAGCUUCGAUGCGAAUCCCAAUGCGCAACGCAGUGCAGUCCAUCUCGCCCAGACUCUUUGUGUCAACAUGAAGAAGCUCGCAAGAGGAGCCCCAUAUCAGUCCGGGCAACCAAGCAAGAGUGCACGAGGUGCUGCUAUGGACACCGUCAAGGGAUUCAACGAUCCGCAGAUAAAGCCAGGCUUUGUUCUUGUGAUCUUGCCCGCAAACGCAGCUCCCUUGCGGAAGGAGGUCAAGCAAUGGGGCGAUAUGCUUGUGGGCAUCCCUACGCAGUGUGUGCGUGCCGGCAAAUAUGAACAAGCCAAUGACCAGUAUUGCAACAACCUUGCCUUGAAGAUCAAUACGAAGACUGGGGGCAUCAACUCCAUCCUUCACUCUCCAAUUUCUGAUUUCCUCAAGGACUGCAUGAUAGUUGUGCCGCCAGGUUGCGAUGUGGCCCAUCCCUCUCCUGGUGUCACUAGCCGGCCUUCAAUUGCCAGCUUGGUGGCAUCAGAAGACGAAUUCGCCACUCGUUACUCUACUGAGGUACAGGUACAGCCUCCACGCCAGGAAUCUAUAGACGGCAUCGGUGGUAUGAUCGAGAGGGCUAUCAAGCGGUACUCGGAAAAGCAACGCAGAUUCCCCGGCCGUAUUGUCAUAUAUCGGGAUGGCGUGUCAGAAGGCGAGUAUGCACAGGUCGAAACCAAUGAGAUCCAGGCUAUUAAAGGUGCGAUUCUACACGCUGUGCACUUCAGGCGACACACCAGACACAAGGCGGAGCUUAUCUUUAUUGUUGUCGGCAAAAGGCACCACGUGCGCUUCUUCCCCAAGGACAGGUCCGAUGCAGACCGGACGGGUAACUGCUUCCCCGGGCUGGUUGUCGACCGAGAGAUCGUCCAUUCCACGUACAUGGACUUUUACUUGCAGUCUCAGGGUGGACUGAAAGGAACCUCCCGUCCCAGUCACUAUAUCGUGCUCAAGAACGAUGCCAACCGCUCUGCUGACCUGCUCCAAGAGCUGUCGUUCGCGCUGUGCCAUGUCUAUGCCGCCGCGACACGUUCGGUUUCCAUCCCUGCCCCGGUGUACUGUGAGUGGCGAUUCCUCUCGGGAGCUCCGCGCAGCCUUCUUCCGCAGCGGCUGUGUACUCGCGCCGUUUUCCAGUUCAGGCCGGAAUUGGACUAUGCAGACGAGAGCUCGACCGAGACGUCUGAGUUCAGCCUUGAGAAGUGGCAGCAAGGCCUCGGCCAAUCAAUACUGAAACAGCAGAUGUACUUCAUCUGAAGGAGCCCGAGGCCGCAGUCCGCAUUAGUAUAUACGUAUGCCUCCAUGCGAAAGACCGGUAUGAUCAUGCAUUCCGAACGACGUCUCCGAAAGCUGUCCACCCAUGUACAUUUUUCCGUCUGUCAGAUGCCAAGUGUAUUAUAUUACGCUAUGCUGGAGUGAUGAUGCAAUUAUACAUGUGGUUGCUGGAAAUACAAGCGGCUGAUAGCGUAGAUGCAAGAAUGGAUGUAUAAGAUUGUUGCCGCCCUGCGAACCGAUGUUCGUGGCGAAUGCAACCGAUUGCUCCCGGCGACGACGACGACGUUUCUGUUCGUGUACAGUCGUUGAUGGCGUGCCAUGGUCGUGGGGGGCAUAUGCCACCUGAAUCAUGGGAGUAUGAGAGUGCUAUGUGACACAGUUCGGCAAUACGGAGCGAAGGCGCUCGGUGCCUGCGGUGAAAGGCGGCGAAAGAUGGCAAAUGGCGAAGAGCAGUGUGAGGAAUGCCUGCGAAGCGCGUCGAGAAAAUUGAAAUCACGUCAGGGUUGGGAGCGCGAGAUGUAAUGGGAGAUGCGAAACAUACGAAGAUGGAGCUUAUUUUCGGCGCACGGGAUCAACGAUACGUCGCAUGAGCAAAGACCGGAGGAGGCAUCGGAUACGAGUAUGAUUGCAGGUGUGGGACGGGUCGUGGCUGCACAGCAUGUCCCGCGCCGCGCAAAUGCACACGACGGCGGUCGGACGCCUUGCGCUUGAAGAUAACGACGCGCUUUGCGUCCGCGUCGUCUGCGUCGUCGUCGAGGCCUGCGUCCUGGCGCUUGCGCUUGUGGGGACGCGAGCAGUAUGGCGGGUGCGAAAGGUCUUCGUCGUCGUCGGGCAGGUCAAACUGCAGGAACGUCGGCGAGUGGUAGGGCAGCGGCUUCGGCGCGACGAGCGGCGCUGUGCAAAUGACGUGCACCGGCUGCGGCCAGGACAGCGACGGCGAGGCGGCGCUCACGAUGGACAUGGUCGAGUCCGAGCGCGCGGGAGAAUACGCUAGAAUCACGGUUUAGCACGGCUUUCGCG